CACCACCAUGACCUCGGACCAUACAAGGAGGCCAACGGACUCUACUACUGCUUCCAGGAAAUCUGCUUUAUCUUGCGCUGAAUGCCGGAGAAGUAAGCUACGAUGCGACAGAGUAUUUCCCUGCCAGUCGUGUAUCAGGCGAGGAUGUGCUGGGAUAUGUCCAGACGGUACAUUGACUGCCACCAAGGGCAACAAAGUCAUCAUGGCCCACGCAGAAAAGCUUGCUGAAGAAGUCAAGGUACUCACCGCUCGCAUACAUGACCUCGAAGGUGCCCUCUCCUCGCGUGACGGUGCGGCCCAUCCAUUGCUACAGGGACGAGAUCCCCAACGAGACGAAAUAGACGCCCUUUACGAGAAGGGCCUCCAGGAUGUUUCAGAUGCAAUUGGCUCCCUUUCAAUUGGCUCUGAUGGACAGGCCAAGUACUACGGUGAAACGGCUGGUUCCGAGUACCUUGGAAGUUUACUGCCCGAAGAGGAGACUGAACAGGAAGAACGCCCCAAAGAUCUCGACCUUCCUUUAGAACUUCUCGACCUAGUCAAUGCAUUCCCAUUGGGGUUGAAAGAUUGCAACUAUUCCAAAUUCAUUUUUGCACCCUACCUUCCUACCCAGGAGAGAGCAAUGUAUCUCGCAGAACUCUACUAUCAGAACACCGCUUGGAUGUAUGACCCUGUCGUCCAACAAGACUUUGUGAUGAACAUUUUGACCCCAUUAUAUUUCGCUCCGGGCUUUGUGACCCUAAACGCUAUUCAUGCCCAUAAAUUGGCUGUAUUUUUCAUGACCAUGGGCGACGGCGUUCUCCACGACAGCAGCCCUGAUUCGGCAUAUUUGGCCGAACAAUAUCACGCUCUUGCACAAGCUGCAAUAUCGAUCGAACCUUUACUCAUGGAAGCGACUUCUGCCACUGUUCAGGCCUUGUUCAUGAUGUUUCGUUUUAUAUACAACUCGGACCGAAAAAGCAAUGAGGCCCGAUGGAUUCUAACUGGUCUCUGCAUUCGUUUAGCCCAGUCCAUUGGUCUUCAUCGAGAUAGCUCAGGAUGGAACCUAGACCCCGAGGAGCUUCAACGACGUCGGAGAUUGUUUUGGGAGCUCUAUACGCACGAUGCAUGGACGUCUAUUGUUAAUGGGCGCCCACCGGGUCUGAUGAUUCAACACACUGACUGUCGUUUUCCUGACGACCUAGAUCCGAUGGUCAAACCAACAGGGGAGAUAGAACUCGGAUGGCACGCUUGGAAAUACAGAUACUCAGCGAGCUGCCUUUCCCUAUCCAUACAACAUAUCUUUACGACUAGAGCACCCAAUUACAAAGCCCUUCUCGACUUGGACAAGAAAAUUAGAAAAUUUCCCGUCGCACAUCAUCUGCUCUCUCCAAUAGAAACUUCCGAACCUGGGCGUGCGUGGUCCUCUAAUCGAGUGCAUGCCUUGCAACAGUAUUGCGUGGUUUGUGAGAGAGAGUCCAAUCUCUUGUAUAUCCACCGAAGCUAUUUUGCGCAGGCCAUCCAGGGACAGUCGCGCAACCCACUACAACACAUGUAUGCGCCGUCAGUGCUGGCGACGUACCGAAGCGCGUGCCGACUGAUCUCGAGUCUUCGUGGUCUGAAUGUCAGCCAUCCUGGUAUUGCCGCGACGACUUGGUUCUUUUGGUCGGGUAUCUUUUCAUCUUGUGUCGUUCUCGGCGCUCUCGUCGUCGAAAGUCCUUCAUGCAGCUUGUCCCAAGAUGCGCUAAUCCUGCUUAAUCAAACUGUUCCCUUCUACGAUGAGGGUUCUCGGCGCUGCCGCCCAACGAACACACUGCUCAUGCUUCACAAACUACGGGACCGAGCCAAUCACAGAUUCUCUGCCUUUACAGCGACAGGACAGUCACCCCCGGAUGACCGACCCUGCGCCGACCCCGACGCUCCCGACGAGCUAGCUGUUCUAGGCGGGCGGAAAUCUUUAAUAAACAAAAAACCGACAUCGCAUUCGCCGAGCUCGAACGACUCGCACCAGAACCUAUCGGCGACCUAUCUGUAUCCAGGUGACGGCAGUGACUCGGGCAGCAGCCCGCCUGCGAGCCAUGACAGUGGAAGCGGCAGUGGCGGCGAUGGUCUGAUGGAUUACUAUGACGAUCUGGGCACGUCGGGCCUCAGUAGUCCCACGUAUCAAGCUGUCCCUAUUUCCGAUGGACAGACACAUGCGGGGUAUGAUCUGUCUCUAAACAACAUGAAUUUGCCAAGUGCACAACAGUACGUGCAAUCUCCGACCUCGUCGUACAGUAUGCAGCAGCCCCGUGGUCAGGUGCAGCAACAGAUGUACAACCCGGAUGUGCAAUCGGUGCACCCGUCGUUCCAGGCGAUAUCGGUGGACCAGGCGUUGGCGCCGAUGGGAUAUGCGUUUAGUGCGACCCAGGAUCAAACACAGGAUGAUAUUUGGAGAAAUUUCGUGCGGGAGUUUGGGUUGGAGCAUAUCUGACCAUCUGUUUGGCGGUAUUUUAUGAGGUAUAUGUUAUUUUGGUUGCGUGUGUGGGACACUAGCGUUGGUAUCCGGUAUCGGGAAUGUCGUUCCGAAACCCAAAGGGGGAUGUCGAUCAGGCUGCGCGAAGAAUUAGACUCAAACAGAUUAUCUUUACCAUUCGUCUGUCUCAUCGGGAAUCCGGAUGCCAAGUAUGCGGUAACCGAAUACUGGGCGCGCUGGGAAUAAUAUUACAUUCAAGUCAAGUACGAUAAGUUCAAAAAAUGGCUACAAUGGGGUAAAUGAAGGCAUAGAUAUAUUUUAGUUGCAGC